UGAUGAAGGCAUCGUUAUGAACCGAGACGUGUGUUUCUUCACCUACUCGCUGGCUGGCUGCGAGAACGUUUGGGUAGGGACACAGUCUCCCCUGGGAGACACGACUGUCCCUGGGACCCACCAGAGGGACGCCGGAGUCCCUGAUGCACCAGAUAACGGAAAUAGAGAGGUCAGGGGAGGGACGCUGGAGGCUGCCGCGUUCACAAUCAAAGAACGACCUCUUGACACAGCGAAUUCUUAUGUUGACGUCAAUGUUACAUUACACCACCAGGGAGAGACAGUGCUGGCACUGAGUGGGGUCACUACUUCGGGCAGACAGCAGUGUGUGAUGGUAGUUUAUGUGGACCUUUCUGAAGAGAGUGAGGCCAUCAUGCUGGGUGACCUGCCGCUACCUCACGGUACCUAUAACACCACCAUUUCCACUUCCAGGACUACUGUCUCCUGCCUCGGUGUCAUCAAUAUAGGGCAUCGGCGCCGUCUUCUACCAAACACAAGGAGCUACCCAUGGAACGAAGCCAGAAGUCGGAACCGGAGAGUGGGUGGAACGGACCUGGGUCAGGUAGUUGAGGAACCCAGUGGAACAAACAUUGGCCAGCCAGUCAAAAACUGGUAUAGUACGAUGCAGGGCCGGCCAAUGAUGAGUUGGGGUAGACUGGACCAGUUUCAGACAGUGAUGAACUGGAGUAGAACGACCCCUGUUCAACCAGUGAGGAACUGGAGUAGGACGACCCCUGUUGAACCAGUGAGGAUCUGGAGUAGAACGACCCCUAUUCAACCAGUGAAUAACUGGAGUAGAACGACCCCUGGUCAACCAGUGAGGAACUGGAGUAGAACGACCCCUGUUCAACCAGUAAGGAACUGGGGUAGAAUAAACCCGAUUCAGUUGGUCACAAGCCAAUACAGAACGAACCCGGUGCAUCCAGUAACGAGCCGGGGACGAGCAGACCCAGACCAACCAGCACCUCGAAAGGGCAGAAGAGAUCUGGACCAGCCACUGGAAGACAUCGUACUGGGCGCUGACGAUAGUGUCUCCGAUGGAUCAAGGUGUCCUUGCUGUAGUUGCUACGACCACAAUCAUACCUACUUCAACGACUCAGCUCUCCUCCAGUUUGCCUACACUGUGAACGACACUUGUGACAACAGCUGCUACGAUGUGAAUCUGAAGUUGUACAAGAUAGUGGACGCCCAUAAUGGCAGCGAGUGCACCUCGUACCACAGACACGACAUUUUCCAUCCCAUCACACGACAACCCAGGAAUAUUUCCGAGAGUCCAGUAUAUUACCACAACGUGGGUAUCGGCUGCUACUUCUACGAGAUGAGGCCCAAUGUUUACCCUCUACCAAUCAACUCUGCUCCAUUCUGGCUCCAUCCACCCAAUCAACGUCACCGACAUGAACACCUGGAACACCACCUUCUACCUCGAACCCAACCCAGAAUAUCAAUGGAACCUUACUGUUUUUCAUUCCUCCACAGCCGGAAUCUGCAUGUCAAGUGGACAGAAAAACCUGUAUACAACUUCUCUCACUAUGAGCUGGAGAUUUGGUACAGUCAGUCACAGCGUAUUAACUGUGUGGGUAAUACCAUUGGUACGCCAGUCACAGUCAUUCCCAGGGACAAGAAACUCGUACUCUCCAGUCAGCCUGGCUACGUUUUCUAUAACCUCAGUAGUGGCUGGUACUGUGCCCGCGUCACUCCGAGAGACGACCGCUGUGACUUCGACGGUUGUCAGCCACGGUCAAGCCAUACAAAACUACUCACGGAUCCCAAGGAGACGUCAGUACCUCCACCGGCACCCAGCAUAGUGCCUGUGGUAGUGGGAUCAGCUGUAGCGGUCGUACUCGCUGGCAUCGUCCUCGCCUGCUGUGUACUCAAACGAUGCCCAGUUAUCGGAGGACUAAGUGUCGCUUAUUCCAAAGUGAACCAGAUGGUAAAGCUGGGAGAGCCCCAGGUGGCACUGCUGGCCUGGUCACCCUAUGGACCUCACGGGGCAGAAUUUGUACCUAUCAUCUCAGCCUUCAAGAAAAUUCUCAAGUCAUACUCCAGAUGCCAGGUGUAUGAUUAUCUUGAUCUUCUGUCUCUGCCUGGAGAACACCUGCAACACCUGCUAGUAUCACCCACCUCUUGGAUUGAUGCCCUCUUAGCUGAUACCACUGUCAAGAUCAUUCUGGUGGGGAAUGAAGGCUCAAAACUUCGCCAAGCUGAGGGAAUGUUACCAGCCAUGGACCACAAGCACACACACUUCCCCGGCCAGAGUAAUCCACACGACAGUAUGCUCUUCCCUUACUUGUUACGGAGACUCCAAGACUCUCCUCAUCUUGCAGGAGACUACUCCAGAAUCUUCCAUGUCAGAUUUUCUGAUGUGAGUGACGCUACGGCCGAGCUGGACGGUAUUGUGUCCUGGACCAGGUAUCGUCUGCCAGAACAUCUAAGGAAACUCACUCUCUCCUUGCAUGG